AUGGCUCACUCAGCAUGGAUACAAGUAGACGAAGGAGAAGAAACCAUACUAGCUUAUAUUAAAACUCCUAGUGAAACUAAGCCAUCUGGUUCAGUAAUAGCCAAAACUGGUUGUUGGUCUAUGCUCAAAGGAGGAUUCACUGCUUAUGAAGAUGAGAAAGUUGAUCUAAUUUUCAAGGUUCCAAACAAUAAGAAUGAGGUUUGGAUAGACAAUGUAUCACUUAAGUCAUUCACAAAAGCAGAAUGGAGAGAACAACAGAAGAGAAGCAUCAAUAAGUAUCGCAAAAGGGACAUAAAAAUAAAAGUGACGGACAAGGCAGGUAAGCCAUUGGAAGGCGCAAACAUAACCCUAACCCACACAAGGCCACUCUUCCUCAUCGGCUGCGGCACGGGCUACUCGAUCCUCGAAGCGAAGGCGUACCAAGACUUCUUCGCCGCCCGCUUCACAGCCGCGACACCCCACAACGAGAUGAAGUGGUACUACAACGAACACUUCCAAGGCGUGGAGAACUAUGAGACCGCGGAUGCCAUGGUGUCCUUCUUCGAGAAGAACAACAUCGCCAUCCGCGGCCACUGCAUCCUAUGGGACUCAACCAACGCAUCCAACUAUUGGACCCAAACCCUCCCGCCGCGUGAGGUCCUUUACACGACCAUCCGCCGCAUCGCCUCUGUAGUGUCCCGGUACACCGGAAGGGUCAUCGCCUGGGACGUGGUGAACGAGAACUUGCACAACUCGUACUACGAAAGCAUCCUUGGUGCAAACGCUUCCGCCAUGAUUUACCAGGUCACCCGGGCUAUCGAUCCACAUACCCCUCUAUUCAUUAACGAGUACAACACGCUCGAGUACCCCAAGGACAUUAAGGUCAUCCCGGCAAGAAUCGUACACAAGAUCCGCGAGAUCAAGUCAUUUCCCGGGAAUGAGGACAUGGUCCUGCACAUUGGAAUGCAGGGCCAUUUUACCCUAAGGGCCAACAUAUCCUACAUACGUGCGGCCUUCGAUGUCAUGGGCGCUUCAGGGAGCCCCAUAUGGCUCACAGAGCUCGACUUCCUCAAGAGCGACACACAACACGAGGACCUCGAGAACGUCCUCAGGGAGUCGUUCUCACAUCCGGCUGUGGAGGGGAUCAUCAUAUUCGGAGGGUGGAAGAAGAAAGGGUGCAGGGACGAAUGCAUAAACGCAAAAGAUUACAACCACAUGCCAAUCGGGUGCGGGCAGAUGUGCCUCAUAGACAACAACUUCAAGAUCACGCCGACCGGAGAGCUCGUGGAUCGGCUGAUCUUGAAAGAGUGGAGGAGCAACGUUGUAACGGUCACGGACAAGGACGGAGUUUUCUCCGGCAGACUGUUUCACGGGGAUUUUAAUCUCACUUGCUCUCAUCCAUCGAUACCAAAUCCUGUGGAGAGAACCUUCAAACUCGAAAAGGAGGAAGGCGCACUUCAAUUUGGAAUAACUCUCAAAUGA